GAAUUUGAACCACCUGUACUUCAUAAUCUAGAGAUCAUCUGCCAAAAGGUCCCUCUCCUAGCUUCGUUAGCAAUUCCUUUGCGUAUAUUUUGUACGUCGUACUCAGUAAGCUGGUAUCUAUAUAAUUCUCCACUAUCCCUUUCGUUCCCUUUUGUACAAGGUACUUAUUAUGGCCGUCCUCCACCCGUUCGAAAACCUUUCUCCUUUCAAUAUCUUUCUCAACACCAUCAACAACCUCGUUCUGGGUCCCAUCUUCUCUUUAUCUUCAUUAUCUCCAUUCACCAAUGUCACACCUAUACAAGAUUUACAUCAAGAAAGCUUUAUUAAUAACGGUACAUUUGAUAGUACUUUUUCAAAAUUGUCAAAAUAGAAGUUUGUGUCAUCAAUACUUUGAAGUCAAGCUUAAAUUUGUGUAGGAUACAAUGUAAACGAAUACAUUUUAUAGAAUGGGCACUAAAGAAAAUUAGCAGUUAAAUGAAAAAUAUAUUUGAAAAGUUUAAAAUUUUACGUCUUGUAUUGUUGGAUUAUUAAUUUUAACAAUGUCUUCGAGACUUACAAAUCGCCUAGAUCAGAUCGAAAAUGACAUUCGUCUUAUGAUGAUGUUACAAAAAUGUGGUAGUGAUUCGUCUAAAUCUAACAUCGAUUUGAACUCAAAAAGUGUGGUUUUGCAAAAAAAAUUAAGUUGUGAUAAAUCAUACAUUUCAGAAAAAUCUACGAAAAGUUUACCAGUUGGUAGAAGAAAUGUUUUGAAAUUUGACCCAAAUCGCUUAACAUGUCCUGAUAUAAUUCAACCACCUCAAAAUUUUUCAAAUACAUCAAGUUUUCACGAUAAAUUAUCCAGUUCAGGAUCGAAUGUUGAAAAUUUAAAAUCACAUUCAAGUUCACCGUUAGGAUUAGAGUCAGAGUAUGAACAAACAAGGAAACGUAUUCUUGAAGAGGAAGUGAUGAAAUUAAAAUCAGAACUGUCUACUGUAUUAGAACACAACGAAGAGUGUACAUCAAUGAUUAAUCAAUUUAAAAUGCAAAACGAAAAGAUGAAGUUUCAAAUCGAUGAGAUUAACGGUAAAUUAUUGGAUAUGACAAAAGAAAAGGAUUAUUUAUGUAGAUGUUUAGAAAGAGAAAGAGGAAAAGGAACAAAAAAUAACGAAGUAACUGACGAUACAGAAUCAAACAGUUACGAUGAGAAUAAAGAAGAAAUUAAAUCCCUAAAAGAAUCUCUGUUUAUGUUAUCAAAGAAAUUAGAAGAAAACGACCAAGAAAAACAAAAUAUAAUAAAACAAAAAGAUAAAUUAGAUUUAAAAUUAAAGAAACAAAAAGAAAUGACAAAGAAAAUAACGGAAAUUAACCAUAAAUUAUCAAAUUCAAUUAAAAUUAAACACGAAAGUUUUAUCGUUCUUAGAAACAAAAAUAGUAAAUGCGAAAAGGAAUUAGGACAAUGCAAAUUGAAAUUGAAAAAAUCACAAGAAGAACUGGAGAAAUUAAAACGAGAAUUAGAUGAUAAUCGAGAAAAUAUGAAUAAGAUUCCUAAAGAACUUACGGAAAAAUUAAAUAUUUUAAAGGAAAAAGAACAACAAUCCCAAAAUGAAAUAAUACGCUGGCGAUGUGAAGCCGAAAAUUUACGUGUAAAAGUAGAAGAAUCAACGAAAAGAAUAAUGAAAUAUCAAGAAAAUGAAGAUUCAACUUUAGCUAUUAAAAAACAAAACCAAUUGUGUGUUACAACAUCAACUAUUUUACGAAACAAAACUAACGAAUUACAAAAAACGGUGGAUGAGCAAAGGAGAAAAAUAGAAGAAUUAGAAUUUAUUCGGCAACAUCAAGACGUUGUGAUUAAUUCUCAACACGAACAACUUUUAUCAAAAGAUGAACAAAUUAAAUUGCAAGAACAAGAAAACGAUAUUGUCAAAGAAAAAUGUUUACAAUUAGAUAAACAAUUAGAAAUUGUCCGGAAUGUACUUGACUCAAGAGAUGAAAACCAAUCUAAUAAUUACCAAAAAAUUUGUCAAUUAGAAAACAAAAUUGAAGAAUUAAAAUCAACUCUAGAGAAAGAAAGACGAAAUUGUCCACAAGAUAUAGAUAAAGAAUGUAUAAAAGACACGGAAAAAAUGAAAAAAAUGUCUUCAGCGCUUGAAGCAUCCAAACAAAAAUUAGAAAUGACGAUCAGAGAAUUGGACCGAGAAAAAGAAAACUCCAAAGUUAUGGUGAAUGGAUUAGAAAAAUUAACGUUAAAAAAAGAAAAACUUGAAGGAAUGAUGUUUAAUUUGGAAGGAUCAUGCAAUGAUUUAUUAAUCGAAAAAGAACGAUACGCUAAAUUAUGUGACGAUCUUGAACAAGAAUUAGCUUCCGAAAGAAAAACCAGAGUGUAUGAACGCGCAGCUUUGAUCGAUGAACGAAACAGGGCUUUCGAUGUUGCUAGAAUGGCGGCAGUUACUUUAAUCGAAACUGUCGAGGAUUACGAAUUAGUUACUAAAACACAAAUGGAAGUCAAAAAAAGUAUUUGUAAUUUGGUCAAGAAUAAACAAAAAAGACGUCCGGGGUGUCCUCCAAUUGUAUCUGAUAAAAUGAAAAAUACAUCCAGUGAAAGUGAAAUGAUUAAUGAAAACUUGGAUUCUCCUCAAGAUUUUAGGGAUGAGAUGUCUUCGUCUGAAGAAUCCGAUAAUAAACAAGAAACGAUUUGCAACUUUAAUCCUGGAAUCAUAGCCACAGAAGGCACGUUAAGAAUACCAAUUCCGAUGACUGCUCUUAAUCCAUAUGCAACAGUACAAUCUACAUUAAUUCCCACUACACCACACGCAUGUUGGUUCGGAAAUUGCGGAUAUCAAACAAACCAAGCGAUGUGUAACGCAGCCAAUCCAUACCAAUUGGCAUCGUGCAGUAACACGAAUCAAUAUCCAAACCACUGCCAAAAUGGUGUUAAAUAUAGUUUGCAGAAAAAACCUUCAAAAAUACGCCCACCUAUUAAAGUUGUCAAUAAAAAGAGUACCAAUUCUAGUUUAAAUCGAAACAAACGUUCAAAAAUUACUGAUGAAAAUUAAAAAAUUAUUAGUUAUUGUUAAUAUUUUUAAGUUUA